CAUACACAACGUUUCUGUUUCAGUAGAUCGACGGUGGAGUAAGCACUGUGUCGCCGAUUUUGAUCAUUCGUUUUUGUUAGAUAAGAUAGAUACGUAAAAUUCGGAACAUGGGGCUUUUAUGUAUGAUUGUUAUAUUUCUUGGAUCAAAUCCAGUUCAUUCUACUGCAGGCCUCUGGAUCAAUACAAAUUCAUCUGAAUCCGCAAAUCUACCUCCAAUCUAUGAGACGGAUUUUGUCAUUUCUGGUCAUACAAAUCAUAGGAAUUUAACGGUUCUUGAAUUCGGAAACCUAAAUAUUAACGAUGAAAAUGGAAAUUCCCCAAUUCAUCAUGCGGUCAAGGACGGGAACGAGACGGCCGUUUGGAUGUUGGUUAAAAGCGGCGUUGACUUGAAUCCUCAAAAUAUCAAUGGAUCCACACCACUUCAUAUUGCCGUUGAGAGAGGUUUUUUAGAAUAUAAAUCUAUUCGAAUAUUUUGAAUUGAAAAUACUGUGUUGAAUAAGUGUUUGCUUAUAUGUAGUAAAACCGGAAACGCAUUGAACCUUUAUAUUGAACCAAAGCUUUACAUGAAAAAUGGGUUGAUGUGCCAAAUAAAUGCUUUCAAGUUUCGAGAAUAUUGUCAAGCAUUUGAUGAAAAAUCAUGCAGACUAUACGGCAACAGAUGAUCAUGGCAACACCCCAUUACAUUUAGCAACCAAGCAAGGUCAUGAUGGAAUCGCCGCAAUAUUCAACAAAAUAAUAAAAAGCUAUGAUUAUGGUAAAAGUUAUCGUGAACGAGAUAGUUUCGUCAAUAGGGGAUAUAGAAGAAGACGUGGACGACAAACAACAACAACAACAACAACAGCAGCAGCAACAACAACAAGACCAAUAAUACCUUACGACGAAUGGUUCAUUUCGUAAUUUCGUAAUGUUGACCGCAUUCAUCUUUUAACAACAUUCCUUAUACAACACACUCUAUCGAGAGCCAAGGCUUGAUUUCCCCAUUCCAUUCGUAUGCUCUUUCAUUCAAAUCACACUUAACAGAAUCCAGAUACCAUCUGCGAGGUAUGUCUCUACAUUUCAGACCUUUCACUUCAGCAUUCAAAAUGAUCCUGGGUAAUCGUUCAUGCGCCAGACCAUCCAAGAAACCAUCUUGAAACCAUCUCAAUCAAGACUUUUAAAAUUAAACUACAUUUAAAAUCCCCACCUCACAUUUCAUACUCUAUUCCAGUUGAGCAAAUGCAAUUUACUGACACAAGUAGACUUAUAUUAUUCUGGUAUUCACAGUUUUUUGAGUGCAAAGCAAAAUAUUCUGGCAGCAGGUUCAAUAGAUGCCGAAUGAAAAUUGUCCCAAUUUAUA